AUGAACAUGGCUAUGAACAGUAUGAUCAAAGAGGAGGGCGACGUCUACAAGCAAGACAAGAACGAAGAGAGCGACGUCUACACGCGCGAAUACCGGAAAAUCCCCACCAUAAUCGCCAAGGCGGUCAAGACUGCCGAAUUGACGAACACGUCGCUUACUCCAUAUCAAACGACAUCCGCGGUAUUAAGACAGCCAAAGGAAAGCCUGUCGUCAAGCUUCUUCUCCAUCGACGACUGCACAAAGGAGACGAGAUCACCCAAGCAAAGUGGAAAGAACUCGACGCCAAAGCUCCGUCGGAUCGGCUAUCAGAAGAUGAACGGCCGGUGA